AUGGCCUUGGCUCGACGAGAAGGGACAGGUUAUGACUCAACGGUGGCGGUUUCAGAUCGGAAAAAGCGGUUCGGGCUCGAGAAGGGGAUGAAUGGGGCCUGUUCCAGUUCCUGUUUUAAAUUCUCUCUUUCUCUCUCUCUCUCUUUUCUUUCAGAUCGGGAGGACCAGUCCAUCCUCUGCACGGGAGAGUCGGGAGCUGGCAAGACUGAGAACACCAAGAAAGUCAUUCAGUACCUCGCCCACGUGGCCUCAUCUCACAAGGGCCGGAAGGACCAUGCUGCUCCCAACGCAUCCAUUACAUAUGGUGAACUGGAACAGCAGCUGCUCCAGGCCAACCCCAUACUGGAAGCGUUCGGCAAUGCCAAGACUGUGAAGAACGACAACUCAUCUCGAUUUGGAAAGUUCAUCCGAAUCAACUUUGACGUCACUGGAUAUAUUGUCGGAGCCAAUAUCGAAACCUACCUGCUGGAGAAAUCCCGGGCGAUCCGACAGGCCAGGGACGAGCGCACUUUCCACAUCUUCUACCAGCUGCUGGUGGGCGCUGGCGAACACAUCAAGACCGAGCUCCUACUGGAGCCCUUCCAGAAUUACAAGUUCCUCUCCAACGGAUUCAUCCCCAUCCCGGGGCAGCAGGACAAGGACAACUUCCACGAGACGCUGGAGGCCAUGAGCAUCAUGGGGUUCUCCCACGACGAGAUCACCGCGAUGCUGCGUUUGGUGUCCGCGGUGAUGCAGUUCGGGAACGUCACCUUCAAGAAGGAGCGGAACACGGACCAGGCCUCCAUGCCAGAGGACACAGCCGCCCAGAAGCUGUGCCACCUGCUGGGGCUCAACGUGACGGACUUCACCCGCGCCAUUCUCUCGCCACGCAUCAAGGUCGGACGGGACUACGUGCAGAAGGCACAGACCAAGGAGCAGGCAGACUUUGCCAUUGAAGCCCUCGCCAAAGCCUCCUACGAGCGGCUGUUUCGCUGGCUCGUGCACCGUAUCAACAAAGCCCUCGAUCGGACCAAGAGACAGGGCGCGUCCUUCAUAGGAAUCCUGGACAUCGCUGGUUUUGAAAUUUUCCAGUUGAAUUCCUUCGAGCAGCUUUGUAUCAACUACACAAACGAGAAACUGCAGCAGCUCUUCAACCACACGAUGUUUGUGCUGGAGCAGGAGGAGUACCAGAGGGAGGGAAUCGAAUGGAAUUUCAUUGACUUCGGCUUGGACUUGCAACCCUGCAUUGACCUUAUCGAGAGGCCCGCCAACACCCCUGGGAUCCUGGCUCUCCUGGACGAGGAAUGCUGGUUCCCCAAGGCGACAGACAAGACCUUUGUUGAGAAGCUGGUGCAGGAGCAGGGGAGCCACCCCAAGUUCCAGAAAGUCCGGCAGCUCAAGGACAAAGCCGACUUCUGCGUCAUUCACUACGCUGGCAGGGUGAAUGAACUGAGAGAGCAUGUAGAAACAGAUAAUCACGACCUGAUGGACAUUACGGAGACGCGGCUGUACGAGGCCAUGGAUUGGGAGCUGAAUAUUAAAGGGCGCAGGACACUUAAGGAGGGCAGGAAGAGAGGAAAAGGUGGUGGGGCGGCGCUGUUAACUCAUGAUGGUAUUAGCACAACAGAGAGGGAUGGCCUCAGUUCGGGAAACCAGGGUGUGGAAAUGGUUUGGGUAGAGAUGAGAAAUGGCACAGGACACUUAGGGAGGGCAGGAAGCGAGGAAAGGGUGAUGGGGCGGCGCUGUUAA